UGUGUGUGUGAGUGUGUGAAUGGCUGAAUGUGUGUAUGAGAGGAUGAGGAGGGGAGGAACUGCGUGCAGGACCAUCUCAGCCGGACAUCAUUUACUGAAGAGCUCAGGAUCCGUCCAGCUUAUGUAAGAAGAAGUGGUGCUGGAUGAUCGUGUUGAGGGUUUAAAGAAUGCACACGGCCAAAUCGGAGGUGCGAGUUCACCCGAAGUGCGCCGCGCUCUUUGGGAUGCUCGGUCACCACCACGGGCUCACAGACUUCCCUAACCUGACGGAUCUGUGCUGGAAACGGGACGAGUGCGAGGAGAACGUGCCCGACGUCGACUCUCUCGGGGAGUGCUGUGCCAGUCCGAAAACCAACUCGGUCCAAGAGAAAUUGCAGCACACGCACUCUGUUAAAGCUCACACACUGAACUACUGCAUGGCUCCUGCACACGGACAUGAACAUGGACGAGCGAACGGCGGCCGAGUGUCGUUCUGCACGGAGAAGGAAGGAGGGAGCGAGUUAUCGGGAGAGGAGUGCGCGUUACUGCGGCGUGGACAGAACCUGCCUGGAUCCCAGUACGACCAGAGAAGCCGCCGCGAAUCGGACGCCAGGUCGUCGUCCUUUCAGCGACACCUCAACUACGCCAUCAAGCAGGAGGAAUCGCUGGCUUUCAACCCGUCGCCAGAUUCGUCCGACUGCGUCACGUGCGGCCUAUCGGCGCCCUACGUGUUUAAUAAUGAACACGGCUCCUCCCCGUUAGCCGGAUCCCCCGGCGUCUCUCGUCACUCGCUCAACUCCGGCGCUCUGAAGCGCCACGGCCCGUCCGACAGAACCGAACUGUCCGGGCUCUGCUCCUCCCUGAUGAACAGCGAGCGUCUGAAUCUGUCGCCCCCGUCCUGUCUGCUGUCCCUGUCCUCGUCCUCGUCGUCCUCCUCGUCCUCGGUCUGCGAGGAUCCCGGCUCGGCGCCCAUGCAGACGGCGCCCGAAUCCCUGAGCCUGCACCUGCACCCGCCGACGCUUCUGAAACAGGAGCCCGUGGACGACUUUUCGGCUUCCGAGGACGACCUCUUUCAGCACCAGUACCACCCGCAGCAGCUGUCCUGCCCCCCGCGGACCCCCAUGCCCCCUCCGUACCAUCUGCACCAGUACGGCGGCUCCGGGAACGGUGCCCUGCUGCACCCGCAGAGCCAGCAGCAGCUGGCUCAGUGCGCGUCUCAGGGGCGAGGGGAGGUCGCGGGUGUCGUUUUCGGGGACAAGCAGACCUGCCGGUGGAUCGACUGCAGCGCCGCGUACGAGCAGCAGGAGGAGCUGGUCAGGCACAUCGAGAAAGUGCACAUCGACCAGAGGAAGGGCGAGGACUUCACCUGCUUCUGGGCGGGAUGCAUCCGACGCUACAAGCCCUUCAAUGCCCGCUACAAGCUGCUCAUCCACAUGAGGGUGCACUCCGGCGAAAAGCCCAACAAGUGUAUGUUUGAGGGCUGUAAUAAAGCAUUCUCACGGUUAGAGAACCUGAAGAUCCACCUGCGCAGUCACACGGGGGAGAAGCCCUACCUGUGCCAGCACCCAGGCUGUCAGAAAGCCUUCAGCAACUCCAGCGACCGAGCCAAGCACCAGCGCACUCACCUCGACACUAAGCCGUACGCGUGUCAGAUCCCUGGCUGUACCAAGCGCUACACGGACCCGAGUUCCCUCCGCAAGCACGUCAAGAUCCACUCCACCAAAGAGCAGCAGGUCCGGAGGAAGCUGAGGUCGUGUCCCCAUUUGGAACCGGACUCUCUGAGCGAGUGCCUGCCCGUCCAGCAUUUACAUAACCCCGCCCCUUCUCAGCACUGCCCGGUACCUACCCAGCAGCACUGCCCGGUCCCCUCUCAGCACCACAUUAAUGGGAAGAGUGGGCGCUCACCUGCACUGGGACAGGACAUGUUCACAGGUCUGUUUUCUGGCUCCAGCGCUGAUCUGCUGACUCCGCCCACUCAUCUACCCCAGCGAGCCACUCGCAUGGACCAUGAUGACAUUAUCAACUCCCAGAAUCCUCCACCGCUGACCUCUGCUAACCGUGACGGGUUAUCAGGUUCUUUGCUUUCUCCAGGAAUGAGUUCACUGAAAGCUCCGUCUCCUUCGUCUACGAUGGUGGAGAAGCAGCAGAACCUGGCGCCUACGCAGCACCACAAACCAUACUCCACCUUCCACAACCUCAAUGAAGAUUAUCGAGGAAACUUCCAGAGCUGCUUCCACUUCGGAGAAAACUACAGAGGGGAGCAGAACAUCAGCAACGUUCACGUCCCGGCCGAACCUCACAGCUACAACACACACCAGCAUAACGGCUUACACACCGGCGGCUCCACCUCAUCCUCCACAGGUUUCAGUCUGGUGCAGGACCUCGGUGGCUCCAUGUCUCAGUUCAGUCUGAGCGCAGACGACAGCGUCUUCUUCCAGCUGGGAGGUUUCGAGCGCAGCCUCAAUCAGAUGUCCUCCGUGUACAUGGAGACAUAG